UUUUUCUACACUUGAUAACAGCGGGCUAAUAUUUUACCAAAAAAAUAAACAAACUUGCACCGGAAGUAUUUUGUGCUCGUGCCACGUCAGAGCUACAAAACUGCUCUCACCAGUGCCUCAGUGAAGAGGAGUCUGCAGCUUUUUGCAAUUUAUCUCUGCUCUCAUCAUGCCCUACCUGGCUGGACUGAGCUGUUUGCUGCUGCAUGUGUUUGUGGUGUUUGGGACUGAGCUCACAUUUGAGCUGCCUGACAAUGACAAGCAAUGUUUCUACGAGGACCUAGAGAAAGACGUGAAGUUGGACAUAGACUUCCAAGUCAUUUCAGGAGGCAACUAUGAUGUGGACUGCUUUGUGACCGAUCCUGACAACAACAUCUUGUACAAUGAGAAGAAGAAGCAGUAUGACAGCUUCUCUCACACCACAGCUAUGAAGGGAGUCUAUAAGGUCUGCUUUAGCAAUGAAUUCUCCUCUUUUACACACAAAACGGUGUAUCUGGAUUUCCGCCACGGAGAUGAGGAGCCUCUCAUGCCGAGCAUGACGAGAAGCACAGCACUGACUCAGUUGGAGUCAUCUUGCGUCUCCAUUCAUGAGGUCCUGAAGGUGGUGGCUGACUCGCAGACGUGGUACAGGCUGAGAGAGGCACAUGACCGCUCAAAAGCAGAGCACCUCCUCGAGCGGGUGACCUACUGGUCCAUCGGAGAAACUGUCCUGCUCUUUGUCAUUGGCAUCGGUCAAGUCAUGUUGCUCAAGAGCUUCUUCACUGAGAAGAAAGGCUCAGUAGCAGCCACCACUUAGAACUUACAGUUUUGGAAAUUCUUCAGUGUGUGAAUGCAGAAGUGCACCUGGAAAUUAGCACACAUCAUGUUGUAUUUUCAGCAAACAUUUUCUUAAAGGGAUAGUUCCUGUUUCUGACUGCUUACCCAGUGUCCAACAAACUUGUGAAUGCCUCUCCCAUGCCCGUGUUGUUUUGUACUUAACAAGCUGUAUUGAAAAGAAACACCACUCAUGCCUGUGUUGAAAAUGAGACUGACGUCUUUCAACCGUGCGCAGAUUAUUUAUUAUAUUUUUAUAGAAGUGCAACAUACAGCAGGUUUGGUUUGAUCUAUCUGUGGAUCUGGGAUUGCCUUACAGUAGGACCGUUAUGGAUUUUCAUCCCCAGCAGUUACAGUCAAGGUUGUGGCACACUGAUAGAGACCAAAGAAGAGCUGAUUGUUUCUGAAUGUUAGUUUUACUUGUUUUAUAGUUUGUAUUUUGUUUACUAUUACCUUAAUUUAUGUGCAUAAGAUUGUUGUUAUUACAAGUUACGAGAACUUGGUCUCCCUCAUGUCCUAGUCUGUCUCACACAAAGUGCCUUAAAAAUCGUUAUGGAUAUUUUUCUUUUAGUCUCCUGCCAAGUUGAAAGUUUACUGUUUUAAUUUGUCUGUUACGUGCCAUCCUGUUGUUGCUGUUAGAAUGGAUUAUCAGUUUCCAUUAUUACAUUUUACAUUAAUAGACAUUGGAAAGUGACCAGUUGUUAGUUGUUUUUUUUUCACCAACAAAUAAAUGUUUUCAGUCCUC